AUGAAAUUCACAAAUAAUUUAAUGAUUAUCAUUUCAACGAUGGUGAUGAUGAUCGUUUACAAUAGUGUAGAUGGAGCAUCAUAUGUUUCCAUUCAAGAAUUCCCAGAUAAUAAUUGUACUGGUGAAUAUUUUGCACAAAACUAUGCGAUUGUUGGAACUUGUUUCGAACGAUCAAUGUAUACAUGUGAUGGUGUUUCAUCGACUCGUAACCUCUACAAAACUGAUGAUUGCUCUGGUAGUCCAUGGCAAUCACAAUCAUACAAUAUCGGUCAAUGUACAGGCUUUCCUGAACUAGAUCAAGUAGGCUAUACCAUCUGGGAAUGUGUCGACAAUUACACCAUUCCCGCCAAUAGUUCAAAUUCAAUUACUUAUCUUGGAUCGUGUGAAACACCAUGGAAUGAAAACCCAGUACUGUGGAUCAAUGCACUCAAGAAUAACCACUGUUUUCCACAAACCGGUGUUCCUCCAGGAUCGGGUAUGGUUCGUUGCAAGAACAACAAAGGAUUGAUGGAUUUCUCGUACCCACAACGUGGAUGUAAAGGUCAGGCAUCAACCGACUAUGAACCAAACCCAAAGUAUUGUGAUGGUGAUCUUGGUUAUGAUUUCGUUUGUUCUCAUUAA